AGCGGGGCGGGGGCACCGGAGCCGCCUCCCCCCGGGCGGCACCGCCGAGCGCCCCGGAGCAUCCUCGGCAUUCCCGGGGAUCCGCUCCGCCCGGAGCAUCCUCGGCAUUCCCGGGGGACCCGCUCCGCCCGGAGCAUCCUCGGCAUUCCCGGGAGAUCCGCUCCGCCCGGAGGCUCCGCGGGGGUUCCAGCGGAUCCGCUCCGCUCCGGACAGAGGCUCCGUGCGGCUCCCGGGGUCCGCUCCUGCCGCGGUUCGGUUCCGCCGCCGCUCCGGUCCCGCUCCCCGCCAUGAGCUCCGCGCCCUGCCCCUCCCGGGAGCCGCCCCGGUACCUCAGGCAGCCAGGCGGAGGCGGAGGCCAUGGAGAAGGAGCUGCUGGAGGAUUAUCGCUUCGGGCGGCAGCAGCUGAUCGAGAUCUGGGGACACGCCUGUGCCGUGGCUGUCACCAAGGCGUUCCCGCUGCUGUCGCUGCGGCGCAGGCAGCCCACGCUGCUGGUGGCGUGCGGGCCGGCGCAGCACGGGGCCAUCGGGCUGGUGUGCGCCCGCCACCUGCGCAGCUUUGAUUACGAGCCCACCAUCUUCUACCCCAAGCGCUCCCCGGACCCGCUGCACCGCGACUUCACCACGCAGUGCGAGAAGAUGGACAUCCCCUUCCUGUCCUACCUGCCCGCCGAGGUGCAGCUCAUCAACGACGCCUACAACGCCGUGGUGGACGCGGUGCUGGGAGCCGAGGUGGCCGAGGGGACAGAGCCGUGCGCGGCCAUCCUGGCCACCCUCAAGCACGUCCGCAUCCCCAUCGUCAGCCUGGAUGUCCCCUCAGGCUGGGCAGCCGGCGCUGGUGGCAGCGGUGACAUCCGGCCGGACGUGCUGGUGUCGCUGGCGGCCCCCAAGGAGGUGGCGCGGCGCUUCCAGGGACGGCGACAUUUCCUGGCCGGGCGCUUCGUGCCCGAGGAGCUGCGGCGGAAAUUCGGGAUCGGCCCCCGGCAGUACCCGGGCAGCGACUGCGUGGUGGCCCUGUGACCCCAAAACAGAGCUGGGACCCCAAAACACACCUGGGACCCCAAAAUAAACCCCUGGGACCCCAAAACACUCCUGGGACCCCAAAAUAAACCUCUGGGACCCCAAAACACACCUGGGACCCCAAAAUAAACACCUGGGACCCCCAAAAUUAACCCCUGGGACCCCAAAACACACCUGGGACCCCAAAACACACCUGGGACCCCAAAAUAAACACCUGGGACCCCAAAAAUUAACCCCUGGGACCCCAAAACACACCUGGGACCCCAAAACACGCCUGGGACCCCAAAACACUCCUGGGACCCCAAAAAUUAACCCCUGGGACCCCAAAACACCCCUGGGACCCCAAAAUAAACCCCUGGGACCCCAAAACCCCUGUGACCCCAAAAAACACCUGGGACCCCAAAAAACCUCCAGGACCCCAAAUAAAGCCCUGGGACCCCAAAAGCCCCUGGUGGUGGCCCUGUGACCACCACAAAAUACCCCUGGGACUCCAGAGAAACUCCUGGGACCCCAAAAACCCCCUGGGACCCCAAAAAACCCUUUCUGGCCCUGGGACCCCUGAAAUAAAGCCCUGGUGGCCCUGGGACCCCAAAAUAAACCCUGGGACCCCAAAAUAAACCCCUGGGACCCUAAAGAAACCCUCUGCUGUCUCUGGAACCCCAAAUAAAGCAGUGGCAGUCCUGUGACCCCAAAAAA